ACAUAAUUUCGCUCCAAGAUUCUACCUCACAGAUGGCGACACGUUAGCGACUUCCACAUUUAACAUUAUACAAAGUGAUCCAAAUGUCUAUUUUGAUAUGGCCCUCUUGCCUGACGAAACCAUUUUACUGCCCUCGUUUCAGGGCGAAAUAGUUGUGCCAUUAGAUCAUACGUUAUGUACUCUUGUAACGCAUUUAUGUGUGGAGAUAAUGCUAGUACGACCUGAAUAUGUGGAUAUAAUAGCUGGAAAUGAAAUCCAAUGUCUGGAACUCAUAGCUGUGGAUCAGGGCGGUGCUGGAUUUAAACUCGGAUGCCCAGUGGAUGGUUUAGACAUUGUUAUGGAGUCUUUCCAAGUAUAUGAACCUUCAAAUAUCCUGUAUGAUAUUGGGGCAUCUAUCACUAUUACCAUGGAAACCACUUUCACCAACUUAGGUAGUGAAUCCAUCCCAGAAUCCUCAACAGACAGCAACUACCAAUUUGAGUUGGUUAUAAUUGAUCAUAUUUCCGAUAUCAAUUUAAGUUCAGAUUCUGUACUGUUUUUCCUUGACACAUCCACGGCCACAAACCUAGGAGCUGAGUUGAUCUACGGACUUCCUGGUGUUACUGUUACACCGCUAGUUGCAACGAUAACACUCCCUAAACUAACCAGUCGUUGCCGUGCUUUUCAAAGUAUGUGCCUAAAAGUGUUGCCACAGUUACCAUAUAUUGAUGUUGAUCUUAGUAACAACUAUCACUGUCUCACUUUUGAUAACUCAAACGCCGGUGAGAAGACAUGUCCGGAGUUGGAUGUAGAUAUUUUAUCUGCAAACUUAGAUGUGUCCGCGGCACAAGACAAUUAUCCAAUUGACCAGGCUGUGGCUGCCAGUCUAUCCUUCACUGCUACAAACCGUGGUCCUGGAAGUAUCCCCGCUGUGAUCGGAUCCCAAAAUAAUUUCAUAAUUGAGGCAUUUUUAACUAAUGCAGACAAUCUGGAGAAUGCAACUAUUCAGAUUAAAAUUCCAAACUUCAAUAUUCAGUCGGACCAACUGCAGCAAGAAUUUGCCAUCAGUGAUACCAUCCUGUUCUCCACAUCAUCCAUGCAGAUUACGAUACCUUCUGAGUACUGUGAUGACAUCUCGCAUAUCUGUACGAAAGUUACCAUACCAGAUUCUAGCCUAUAUACUGAUAUUAUUCCUGAAUUGGCUGAUACAUGUUUAGCAUUCGAAGGCAGUGCCGGGAAUAUACACUGCUAUAUAGAUCUUGCUGCCACUGAUCUUGACCUUGCAGUGACCUAUGAUUUGACCUAUGACCCUGGAUAUCAACAGAACAUCUACUUACAGCUUUCUGUCACUAACCUAGGGGGAUUGACCCUAGUGGAGUCUAUUGACUAUAACUUCAAACCGACCACUUAUCUGACAGAUAGUGGACAAUUUGAAAGUGCUACAGUUUCGAUCCAACAAGAUGAUCUUGGAACAACGUUCAACCCGAGGAUUAAUGGAGAUUCAUCUGUGAACCUGCAGGAAUUCCCAGUGUCUGUUACCAUACCAACUGUGAAGUCUGAAUGUGAAUCGAUAAGCUAUCUCUGCAUAAUGAUUGACCACAAUAUAAACCAUUAUACAGAUAUUGAUUCCAGUAAUGAUGACGCAUGUAUUCAGUUUGGUGAAGUGAGUGCAGGGAAUGCUGGGACUUUUUCCUGUAAUAUUUUGGUUGAUCUUGAGGUUGACAACUUAGCAUACACACCAACCCAAGAUAUGUACCCAUUUGACACAGUGGUGCCAGCUGACGUCACGCUUCGAGUGACCAAUCGCGGCUUCGGGCACGUUCCCCGAGCUCGCGGAUCAGACGUAAAUUUUGACGUGAAGACCUAUCUAACAAACUCUGGCAACUUUGAAGAUGCCACAGUGAAAAUUGAACAACCAAACUUAGACAUUGAUGUUGUACAGCUCCAGCAGCAGUUGUUGUCAGGCAUAGGAGAAGAAAUUGAUCUCUCAUUUUCAGUGGAUAUUCUGGUACCAAUUCAGAACUGUCAGAGUCUAAGCCAUAUUUGUUUUAUCGUGACUCUCCAUAAUGAAGAUAAUUUAGUGUUUUAUGAUGACAACAGUGACAAUAAUGAUGUGUGUAUAGAGUUUGGUCCAAUUGAAGAGAAUAAAGCUGGCAAAGUUCUUUGUUUUAUUGACAUUGCUGCUAUUGAUCUUGAGAUACAACUUGAAUCGUCAAACACCUUGACCUAUGAACCUGGAAAACCAUCACAGGUCAUGGUUCAACUCACCGUCACCAACUAUGGUGGGCUCGACCUCACAACAGCGCCUUCAGGUACAUACAACUUUGGAACACAGGUCUUCAUAACGAACACCGACAACUUGUACACUGCAAGUGUGAAAACAGAGCAAGAUCCUCCUGAGAAAAUUUUCAUGCAUGAAGUAGGAGCUGGAUUUAUAGUUAUUCUGCCCAUAUUUGCGAUAAAUAUAACGAUACCAACAGAUAUAAACUGUCUGAACUUGAAAUACCUGUGUCUGCUAUUGAAUCAUAACGUAUACAGAUACAUUGACAGGAAUAGUUUAAAUGAUUUUGUAUGUCUGGAAUUUGGUUCGGUAAAAGCUGGAAAAGCGGGAAGACUACCUUGCAAUGGCCUUCCAGAACCAAUGACAACACCUAAGCCAAUCACACAAACUCCUUUAAUAUUUGAAACAUUUCGUCCUGCAAACUGGUCACAUGGAUAUGGUACUGGUAAUUUUGGCAGACUUGAAACUGAUGGAUUAGCUCUUCAUUAUGUCAUGAUUAUCACUACGCUGGUUUUCAUCACUGUUAUCGUAGCUGCUGUAGUUCUCAUAAAAUACUGCAGAAAGAAGUGAUGAAAUUUAUAACUGGUUUUCAAUGAAUUGGAAAAAAUGGUUGCUUACAGUGAACUGGAAUUAAUAAAUUGCUAAUGUGUCCUAACACCAACAGUGAAAUAAAAGUGUUUUAUUUGGCAACAGAACAUCAAAAUAUAAUAACAAUAAGAAAACUAAAAAGAAGGAAACAGUUAACUAUCAAUAUUUGAAACUAUUGUAUUGUUAUAUUAGGAUGAGAACAAUAAAAAUGUGACAAUUUACACAAUUAUAAGCUAUGAGGAAGGUAAAAUAAUAUAAUAAAAAUUUUACAUUUGCUCAUUGGUGGAAUAACCAAUCAAGACGUCAUGCUAUAAGCACCAAAUAUAUAAUGUAAUUAAUUAUGUCACACAACGAUGGGC